AUGUGGUUCUCAAAGUCGCCGUACACCGGACUGAAAUCUUCAGACAGCGAAGACGAGCUUGGAGUCCCCGAGAAACAGGCACAUCGAUGUCUCCCAUUGAGCCUUGCAAGAGUUCCUUUGCUACUAACAAUUGCUGCAUCCGGAUGGUUUCUAUCAGGAAUACUCUUCGUCAUCCUAAUCUUCCAGAAUGGUGACGUGGGAAAACACGACUGCUUUGUCGAGACCUCGGUUUACUCUCCUCUUGUUGAAUACGUCCCACACCGACUUGUAAAGGCCAGAACGAAUGGAACACUAGACUAUCCAUCCAAGUUCCGUGGACGUCCCAGUCAAGAGCUGGAUGACAACUGGGAUAGCGUCAGCAUAUUUCGACCUUUGGAUAUUCCUAUAAGCGACGAGCAAUACUCUAAAUUCGGCGCGUCCAUCGAGACUGCCGUACGAAGCCAAACCAAUCCAGACACUAGCUUCUUUGUUCAGCCUGAAUUCUCUCAUCAGUUGCACUGUGUAAACUUGCUUCGAAAGACAACAUACUUCAACUUCGACUAUUAUCGCGAUACAGGAUUUGACUUCCGAGGUCGCGAUGAGCAGAUGAUUCAAACCCAUGUUGAUCAUUGCAUAGAGAUAAUUCGUCAAUUCGUCAUGUGCCAUGCUGACGUCGGCCUGGUCGCGUCGCACUGGAUUGCCGAGGCAAAUCAUCCCUGGCCGGACUUCAACACGAAUAAGGUCUGCAGAGACUUUGAAGGAAUAUUGGAUUGGACUCUCAGACAUCAAGCUCCGCUGGGAACGGAAAUGAUCCCCAAGAAACCGCACGGAGCCAAGGCAUUGGCCACGCCUCCCUAA